AUGACCUCGCCGUUAAUCCUCCUACCCGGUGACGAUGUCCCAUCGGAGUACCUCCCUUCUACGAGUUCCACACCAUUGAGACUCGGCCCAGGUCUUCGUCUGUUGUCACAGCCAUUGUCCACAUCAUCUGCAUCAACGCAUGUGCUUUCUGCGACUCAAGCCGGUAUCCUCUCUACAGACCCCAAAAAGAACGCCGUAUCGAUUCUCUCGCCCCCCAACCGCCGUUAUACUCCGAACACCAAUGAUCUAGUCAUUGCACAAAUUCACCACUCCAGUCCGGAUUACUUCUAUUGCAUGAUCACUCCUCAGGCUCCUCAUGCAGUUCUAGGGCAGCUGGCCUUUGAAGGUGCAACGAAGAAAACUCGACCGAUGCUGAAGCAAGGAGACUUGGUGUACGCCCGUGUAUUGUCCACCGGUCUUGGUGCUGGGGCGGAGGUGGAAUUGACCUGUGUGAACCCUUCAACUGGGAAGGCCGAACCUGGAGGACUGGGUCCAUUGACGGGUGGGAUGGUCUUUGAUGUCUCCAUUGGUAUGGCUGCCAGGUUGAUGCGAGCGAGCUCAUCCACAUCCGAUCACCAAGAAGGGAUCGAGGGAUUGGUAGUGCUAGAGGAACUCGGCAAGAAACUGGAGAAAGUGGGAGGUUUCGAGAUCGCCGUAGGAAGAAACGGCAAGGUGUGGGUGGAUUGUUCCAAUGGGGGAGAGUCUGCUGUCAAGGCGACAGUAGCCAUCGGACGAUGUCUCAAUACAAUCGACGAGCACCGGUUACAACCAGCAGAUCAGAAGAAGUUGGUUUCGAGGAUAUUGCGAGAAAUGAAAAUAGAGACUUGA